CUGAGAGGGAGAGGCUGAGCAGAGGCAGAGCCCAGGUGCCCAGGGAUUCAGCACAGCCCCGACCCCAGCCCCAGCCCGAGCCAUGGAGAGAGGCAGCCUGAUCCAGAAGGCCAAACUGGCGGAGCAGGCCGAGCGCUAUGAGGACAUGACCGAAUUCAUGAAGGGCGCCGUGGAGAAAGGUGACGAGCUGUCGUGCGAGGAGCGCAACCUGCUCUCGGUGGCCUACAAGAACGUGGUGGGCUGCCAGCGCGGGGCCUGGAGGGUGCUGUCCAGUAUCGAGCAGAAGGGCGCCGAGGAGGAGAGCGCCGACGAGAAGGAGCGGGGCCCCGCGGUGCGCGAGUACCGGGAGAAGGUGGAGGGCGAGCUGCGCGCCGUCUGCGGCACCGUGCUGGGUCUGCUCGACUCGCACCUCAUCAAGCACGCGGGCGACGCCGAGAGCCGCGUCUUCUACCUGAAGAUGAAGGGCGACUAUUUCCGCUACCUGGCCGAGGUGGCCACGGGUGACGACAAGAAGCGCACCAUCGACUCGGCCCGCGCCGCCUACCAGGAGGCCAUGGACAUCAGCAAGAAGGACAUGCUGCCCACCAACCCUAUCCGCCUGGGCCUGGCGCUGAACUUUUCCGUCUUCCACUACGAGAUCGCCAACAGUCCCGAGGAGGCCAUCUCUCUGGCCAAGACCACCUUCGACGAGGCAAUGGCCGACCUCCACACCCUGAGCGAGGACUCCUACAAGGACAGCACCCUCAUCAUGCAGCUGCUGCGAGACAACCUGACCCUCUGGACGGCGGACAGCGCCGGGGAGGAAGGCGGCGAGGCGCCGCCCCCCGAGGAGCAGCCCCAGAGCUGAGCCCCGCUCCUUGGCGCCCCGACGGCCCCUUCCGUUCCCCGUCCCCCGCCCCGGCCUGGCCCCCCCCGGGGGAGAGGACGUGUGUGGGGCGGGCCCCCGAUCCCUCUCCCUCCCUGAACCCUGCCGUCUUCCCUUCUCAGUCCCUUAAACCCCCACCCCCACCCCACCGCGCGCCCCAGCUCGGGAUCGACUCAGACACGAAACCGAGGGCAGCUGGGCAGGGAGCUCUGGGAGUCUUUCCUUCUAGGCCCAGGCUACCAGGGACGUUGGUGGCAGGAGCCCCCACGAUUGUCCCACGAUCCCUGAUUCUCUGAGCUGCAUUCCCUCCCUGGCCCGGGUGGGCCGCCCCCUGGUGCUCUCCCUCUCCAUCUCCUGCCCUGUCCCCUGGGGUUCUUAGGGAUGGGGAAGUGCCAGGCCCUUAGGGGCUUGAGAGGGAUUGGACUGGGGUGGGGCACAGAGGCUGUGUGAGUGUGUUGAAGGAAGGAGGAGUGCGUGAAUGUAUUUGGAUGAUAGCGUGUGCUCGCGCGCUGGCGAUUGAGUGAGUGUGUGUGUCUUCGACUGUCAGAGAGCAUGUCUGUCUGAGUGUGUGACAAAGUUCCCUCUCAAUAAAGAAAGCUUCCCUGACA